AUGGCUAAAAGAAGAAAAGAGCAUGAAGGCUGUUCGUAUGACAAUCCUAAGCGUUCAAAAGUGCUAAAUGAGACAGUAACAUCUGAAUCAGAGACAAUUUUGUAUGUUCCUGACACUCCUCUUGAUAAGAUUAAAGAGAAAAAACAUCUCAAUGUAAAGGCAGACGCCAUAAAUGGGGAGAAGUUACAAUUUUCAGAAAGUGAUGAAGACGAAUUCUCUGAUUCUGACAUUGAUUUAGGAGAUUUGGAUGUUGAAGGUAUUCAAUCAACAUAUGAUAGUUAUUCUCGAUAUGCUCGGUAUCAAGUUAUGCAUGUUGAUGACAAUGGAAGCACAAAAACUGUCCAGUGCCAAUGUACUUCCACCAAAGACUCAGUUACUGUGACAGUGUCAGGAGAGUGGUACUACAGUGAAAUAAUUCCAGGAAACUUCUUACACAUCAUUGACACAAAACCUAAUUCAAAACAGAUAGAGAUAACCAAUGAGAACUCUAACAUGAUGAUUCUACAUCCAGACAUACUGAUAUCCCCAACUACCAUAUCAAGCAGUGUCCGGUGUGCUCGUCAGGCAGUCCUAGGAGAGGUCUUCAAGCCUACAGUGGGCUACUCCUCCAACGAGGUAAUGUUGCUGGGAACAAUUAACCAUGCUUUGUUUGAUGCUGCAGUUGGGAGUCAGCAGUUUAACCCUGUCUUUCUGCGCAAAGAACUCAAGUCUAUCAUCGAGCAGGAUGAUAUUAUUGAUUCUUUGUCAUGCAUGGAUGGCGAUAAAGAUGAAAUUCUGAAGAAACUGAUUCCUUCUAUAGAUCUGAUAUGCAAGUGGGGCAAUAAGUUUUGUAAAGGAGCAGGAGAUGUUGUGUCUUAUGGACAGAAAGGAAAGGAAGUGACUAAAAUUGAAAAGGUUUUAGAUAUUGAAGAAAACAUUUGGUCUCCAAAAUACGGUUGCAAGGGAAAGGUUGAUGCCACAGUUCGUAUUCAUGCCCAAUCUAAAACUAAGAUAUCCCCGGUAGAAGUGAAAUCAGGAAGUAGCAGAAAUGCUUUAGGAAGUGUUGAUCACAGGGCCCAGGUCAUCCUUUACACAAUGAUGCUGGAAGAGAGGUACAAAAAUAGCAUAGACUCAGGUAUCCUCUACUACAUAAAGGGACAGCAAACUAUCGGUGUUCCUUCAUCGGUUGUUGAGCGUCGAGCCCUGAUAGUUAAACGAAAUGAAAUUGCUAGUGCCAUGCAGAGUAUCCUUUAUCGGCAGGAAAUGAAGCUACCAGAGCUUGUCAAUGACAAAAUGACCUGUAAAUGGUGUAAUCACCAGCUGAGUUGCUCUUUGGCAUUCAAAUCUUUUGAAGGGAAGGACUCUGCUACUCACCCAGUCCCCGAAAUACUCCAAAACAACACCUCCACACUCAAUGACGCUCAUAUUGAGUAUUUUACCAAGUUUUCUAAGCUUUGUCUCCAAGAAGCUCGAUCUUCCAAUAAAUCAGCCAAAAUGCCCUGGGAUGAUUCCUGUAAAAAAUACAGCAGGUUAACUCUCAACUCAGUAUCAGAGAAACAUGGAUUUUAUCACAUGUUCACCUUCCCAUCACCCAUAAAAACAAGAUCGAGCUUCAUCCGUCUAGGUGACUACAUAAUAAUUAGCAAAGCAGAUGGUUCAGCGUUUAAUAUCUGCGCAGGAUUCGUAACAGAGCUCUCCACCACAACAGUUGAAGUGUACUCCAAUGACACGAACAUAGAGAAGAGUCCCCACCACCGUGCAGGUCCCUCCUACUGCAUCACACCCCACCAGUCACUAUCAGGCCUCCACACCAGUCUAGGAAAUGUCACCUCCUUCAUGGGUCCUAAUCAGAGAGCAGACAAAUGGAGGAGACUGAUUGUGGGUGAGAGUGCUCCAAAGUUCUCUUCAGUUGCGUUCUCGUUCGCUCAAGAAGCAAGUAUCAGUAAGGAAUACUCGUCUGAUGAGCUGCUGAUGUCGCUGAAUCCGGAUCAGAAGACGGCGGUGGAGAGGGCUGUUGCUGCGGAGGAUUACCUCUGUAUUCUUGGGAUGCCUGGCACAGGUAAGACGUCUACAAUAUCAUGUUUGAUACAGUUACUGGUAGCUAGAGGACACACUGUACUGCUGACAGCUUACACUCACUCUGCUGUUGAUAACUUAGUUCUCAAACUUCCACAGUCUCUGGAUAUCGUCAGGUUAGGAGCGCCAGGUCGGAUACACGCUGGUAACAAAAACAGAUCAUCCCAAGUGCUUACAGCACACAUCAGAGAUCCUAAGUUACUGAGGGAGUUCUACGACACUAAAGCGGUUGUGGCUACUACAUGUCUUGGAUUGCGUCACAGUGUGUUUGAAUACAAGAAGUUCGAUUACUGUAUCAUUGAUGAGGCUUCUCAGAUCACGGAGCCCAUCUGUUUGGGACCUAUUCUACUCGCUGACAGGUGUAUACUAGUUGGGGACCAUCACCAGCUCCCUCCUCUAGUACAGAGCAAGUCAGCUUUACAGAACGGAUUGGGUGUCAGUUUGUUCAAGCGACUGUGUGACAAGAACCCAGAAGCGGCGGUAUGUGAACUAGGUAUACAGUACCGAAUGUGUUCUGAUAUCAUGUUGUUAGCUAACACGCUGGUGUACAAUAACAAGCUGCAGUGUGCUAAUGAGAGUGUAGCUAGAUCCAUGUUGAAGGCUGGCAAGUUGGAUCAAGUUCCUGAUUUCAUCAGAAAGGCACUGUUACCAGCCACUAAAGUACUGUUUCUGGACACGUCCCAGUUUGGACCCCUCUCCUACGAGACAGCUACCUCAACCUCUAUAUCUAAUGUACUGGAGUCUCACCUUGUGAACCUCAUCUGUCAGAGCCUGGUCAAGGCGGGAGUCCCAGAUAAAGAUAUCGGAGUGCUGACACCUUACAACGGACAACUAGAUACUCUGAGCGAGAUAAUAUCCAGUGAUAUAGAACUGUUAACAGCCGACCGGUUCCAGGGCAGAGAUAAACCUUGUAUCAUCAUGUCUUUAACCAGAAGUAACAAAGACAAUGUAGUUGGUUCCCUUCUAUCCGAUCUCAACAGGCUGAAUGUUUCCUUAACUCGGGCUAAAUCUAAACUAAUUAUGGUUGGAAACAUUGAAACGUUAUCAGCAGGUGACAUCCUCUCUUCUUUAAUCGAUAUACUGAAGAGAAAGUCAUGGGUUUAUGAAAUACCAAGAGGUGAUCAUGAGAUGAUUGUGAAUGGAAUCGGUGGUAAAUCGAAGUAUAUUACUUGCAAGAUGGAUAAAGAAUACAUUGAAUGUUUUUAAAUUUAUUGACCACUAUAUUUUUAAAUCUAUUUGUAUUUUCGGAUUUUUUUGAUAGGUUUAAUUGGAUAUAUUGAAAAAAUAUAACUGAAGCCGUUUUUAGAAGAUCUAACUACGUCAAAGCUUGAAAGUAGUUAAAUAUCUACUUGUUUCAAAGGCUGAUAUAGAGUGCGUGUCGAACUAGGGUACCAUAUUUAAAGGAAUCUUACAGUUUUUCAGGUUCCUUUUCAGCAUUAUUAUAUCACAUUGUGAAUUAUUUGAAUUAAUAAUAAUCUUUUAUAAUACCUAUUAAUAUAUCUAACAAUAUUAAUUGUGAGAUUUACC